CUUUCUACGCGCUCCAUCAUCUGAGACCCUUCUUCCUCCAUGUAUAGACGAGCGACCUUCACUCUAAGGUCAAGGUUACGCCACAUCCACACUUCUUCAACUCUCCGUCAGCAACGUGCAUCGCGUGCAAUCAUAGCGUCUUCAGUCUUUAUUUCUGGUGCCUUAAUAUGGUGUUCGAACAAGGAAAUCAUACACAAUGACAGUGAAUGGCCUGGUCCUUCGCAAACAUCUUCAAAAGUAACUCGAGACAGCGACGUGAAAGACUCAAAGGCGCUACAGUCACUUGUCUGGGGCUCUAACAAGUCCAAAACGCUGCUAUUGGGCAAGGAAGACCCAGAUUCUAUCCGCACGCCUGCCAUUGCAGAAUGGUUGGAAGAUGUCGCACUCAGAGAUCUCGUCCUACACAAGGACCAUGCUGCGUGUGUAGACGCUCGAGGAGACGUGUAUCAAUGGGGAGCAGGAUACUUUGGCUCCGCAAAACAUGAUAGCCCUGCACUGACACUACAAAAGAAGAAUAUCGUACAACUUCAGUUGACAGAAUCAAAGUUGUACGCUCUUUCCGCAUCUGGGAAAAUUUAUGCUAUGGAAGCAUCCGCUUCAAGGCAGUCGUUGUCUCCCGGAUCCCCCACAUCGGCGUCCAGCUACCCUUGGUGGAGUAUGGGCUGGCUGUGGGGUGAAGAGGAGGUUGUUGAUUUUGUAGAGAUAAAGCCCCAGCAACAAUUGAAAAGAUGCGAAUCAUUUGUGUCGAUGUCCGCCGGAAACGACCAUUUGUUGGCAUUAACAAACAUGGAGAGGGCAUUUGCCCAUCCCGUGAACAGUAAUGCCAACGUAUACGGCCAGCUUGGGUUCCGGAGAAUCCAAGUUCCCGACCUUAGUCAUCCUUUCGGUCAUUCCGUUCUACCAGUACAGCUUGUACCAAGAUCACUUAGUGAUGUUCGCUCAGGAAAAGAUCAGGAAGCCUGGAAGGACAACGACACAAUCAGAUUCUCUCCGACUAUUUAUGAGAUUCCUUCGCUACGUGACGUUUCAGUCAGCCAGGUGGCUGCAGGUGGACGGAAUAGUUUUAUUCGAACGACUACCGGUAAAGUGUUGGGCUGGGGCGCAAAUGAAUACGGUCAGAUCGGAUUAGGUGGUAGUAUCAUUGUGCCAAUGAUCACGGUUCCAACUGAGGUUAUUCCAUGGCAAAUAUCUCACAGGACGCAAAUGGAAUAUCCGGAAGAAGGCAAAGUGGACAUCUACAUGGUACGCCGGUGCGGGCGAGGAAUAUUGGAAAUCUGUCUGAAUGUCGAUAGCGAUGCUACCCAGAAUAUGGUACCAAUUGUCCCGCGAUCAGCGAGCGUAUCUCAAACGGGCCAUGUUCUAUUGACGCUUGACACAUCGGAUGGUGGGAGAGCAGGGUGCGAUCUCUUGGCUUGGGGCAAAAAUCAAGAUUACGAGCUUGGGAAUGGAAAAAAGUCGAGCGUUCCUGUUCCGACCACGAUCAAUAUGGGCGACGAGAGGACUAUUCUCCGAAAACGAAAGGAAGCGAAAGUGAUGGAUCUUCAAGGUCGGUUAUGGAGGGGCAAGGUUGAGGUUGAACAGACCGCCGUAGCCGGAUACAGCAAUAGCGUAGUAUAUUGGAAAAUACGGAAAUUGUGACAGAUGUAUUGCACAAGGUCGAGGCAGAUCCCUGGUUCAUUUAUUGUAAAGCAAGGAAAUAUGUAGAUAUGUCGCUAUGUGGUAAUCAGAACUGAGCAAAGGGUAAAGUUUGGCUGGCGAUAGUAGGAUAGUAUGACAACAAUGACGGACGGAA